UACUCUUAUUCUUCUAUUUUCAUUUUCCCUCUUUCUGCCCUUCUCUCUCUCUCUGAUUUAACUGCUCUUCAUUUUCUCCUCACACCCUUCUGUGUCUUUCAAUCCACUCUUCCAUUUCGCUAUAUUCAUUUACGAGGCUUUUUAGGAGGUAAGUGAUUAGGUUUUAAGCUUUCAAAAUAUCAGUGAAGUUUGGUGCAAGAUGGCGUCGGUUGGUGUGGCACCAACAUCAGGUUUGAGAGAAUCCACUGGUGUUGAUAGGUUGCCGGAGGAGAUGAAUGAUAUGAGAAUUAGGGAUGAUAAAGAAAUCGAAGCCAUGGUGGUUGAUGGCAACGGAACGGAGGCAGGACAUAUCAUUGUUACUACCAUCGGAGGUAGAAAUGGUCAACCGAAGCAGACUAUAAGUUAUAUGGCAGAGCGGAUUGUUGGGCAUGGGUCAUUUGGGGUUGUCUUCCAGGCUAAAUGCUUGGAGACUGGUGAAACUGUGGCUAUCAAAAAAGUUCUUCAAGACAAAAGGUAUAAAAACCGGGAGCUGCAAACAAUGCGCCUUCUUGACCACCCAAAUGUUGUAUCUUUGAAGCAUUGCUUCUUUUCAACCACUGAAAAGGAUGAACUAUACCUUAAUUUGGUGCUUGAGUAUGUUCCCGAAACAGUUAAUCGCGUGAUCAAACAUUACAACAAGUUGAACCAACGGAUGCCACUGAUAUAUGUGAAACUCUAUACAUACCAGAUCUUUAGGGCACUAUCUUAUAUUCAUUGUUGCAUUGGAGUCUGCCAUCGGGAUAUCAAGCCUCAAAAUCUAUUAGUUAAUCCACAUACCCAUCAGGUUAAAUUAUGUGACUUUGGAAGUGCAAAAGUGUUGGUAAAAGGCGAACCAAAUAUAUCAUACAUAUGUUCCAGAUAUUAUAGAGCACCUGAGCUUAUAUUUGGAGCAACUGAAUAUACUACAGCUAUUGACGUUUGGUCAGUUGGUUGUGUAUUGGCUGAACUUCUGCUUGGACAGCCUUUGUUCCCUGGUGAGAGUGGAGUUGAUCAGCUUGUUGAGAUUAUCAAGGUUCUGGGAACGCCAACAAGGGAAGAGAUCAAGUGCAUGAAUCCUAACUAUACGGAAUUUAAAUUCCCACAGAUUAAAGCACAUCCAUGGCACAAGAUCUUUCACAAGCGCAUGCCUCCAGAAGCAGUUGAUUUGGUAUCAAGACUACUACAAUACUCCCCUAACUUGCGGUGCACAGCUUUAGAUGCCUUGACCCAUGCUUUCUUUGAUGAACUUCGUGAUCCAAACACUCGCUUGCCAAAUGGUCGUUUCCUUCCACCAUUGUUCAAUUUCAAAUCUCAUGAACUGAAGGGAGUCCCGGUUGAGAUUUUGCUGAAAUUGGUUCCGGUGCAUGCGAGGAAGCAGUGUCCAUUUCUAGGAUUGUGAUAUAGCUUGUGAUAUUGUGAAAAUGUAACGAAACUGCAAAAGUGUCGUUUCAAUAUAUAUAAAUGCUCCGUGAUCCGUAUUUAUGAAAUGAAAAUUUUUCCAUUAUGUAUCCUUGUAGUAUUUUGGUGCCUUGUAAAAACUGAUUUAGAGAUAUAUGAUACUCAAUAUUACCCAACACUCGAUGGGUAAUCAGAAGAAAACUGUGUUUCCUGUUAACAGAUUGUAACAUCUAAUAGAAGACAAGUGCCAUAUGUUAAAAAUGGUGUUAGUAUUUAUGAAUACAAUGAUGAGUGGUUGGCUAA